AUGUUGGUACCACCAUGGCUUGAAUCGUUAUUAUCGACUGCAUUCUUCACCAUUUGCCCCAGGCAUAGAGAUGCCCCACGCAGCGAAUGCAACAUGUUCUGCCUUGAUUGCAAGACAGAUGCCUUUUGCUUCUAUUGUCGAUCAACUCGACACAAAGACCAUCCUGUUAUUCAAAUCAGAAGAUCAUCGUAUCAUGAUGUUGUUAGGGUUGCUGAGAUUCAAAAGGUUUUGGACAUUAGUGGAGUUCAAACUUACGUUAUAAACAGUGCUAGAGUUCUUUUCCUUAACGAGAGACCACAACCUAAGGGUAGCACUAGUAAAGGAGUCUCUCAUUUGUGUGAAAUUUGUGGGAGAAGUCUUUUGGAUCCCUUUCGUUUCUGUUCUUUGGGAUGUAAGCUUGUAGGAAUAAAGAACAACGGAGAUGCCAACUUUAACUUAAGCACCAAGAACGAGGAAAUAGAGGAAAUAAGAGAAGCAAUGGCAAGAAGAUUGCCAUCAAACGAAGAAGAAGAAUUGCGUGAAGGAAGGCAACAAGACAUGUAUACAAACACGCCAACUCCACCACAUUCCAAUUCAAGGAGGAGAAAAGGCAUCCCCCAUAGGGCACCUUUUGGGUCCUAA